UUCCAUUAUCAGGGUAGGUAGAGAUACAAGUUUUUGUUUGUUCGUGAUCGUCAUCAUUGUAUGUUGAAACCUAAAAUCCAGAAAAUAGCAGCAAAUUUUGAAUAUUAUGCAUUAUAAUCACAUUUUAGUACAGUCAUGGCAUAAAAUGGCUUUUAUUGUAACACAAUUGUUAAGAAUUGAGCUUACAUAAGACUGAUUCUCCUCUUUAGAGUUUCUCUCUCCGUGUGUUUCUGUUGUUUGUUUUUCUUGAGGAGUUUCUGUUGCUGUUGUUUGUUGUUCUACACUGGCUUUCGUUGGUGUGCUUUUUCGUAAAUGAGCUGUACUUGUUUGUUUCUUAGAAUGAGCUCCAGUAGGUAUGCUCUCUUCUAUAAUAGCUCCUGCUGUAGAACUUGGUUCAUUUUGACCUUCGGGUUUCUCUGCAUCAUGGUCACUCUGUAACAUAAACAAACAUUUGGAAACUCUAAUAUGAUUUUAAUUUACAGAAAAUAAUAUUUCAAGAGGCCUAAGUAGGCCUAUAUCACUAAACUAAGGCAAAAAUGUGGGUUUCCACUUUCACAUUAAAAUUUUUAAGGGUCGGUAGGUAGGUAGUUGGUUGGGUUUUUUUUUUUUUUUUUUUUAAUUUUAUAGGUUGAAUAAUUUUCUAAUGAUUUAUUCUACUAUGCAUAAAAUACAGUGAUCAUUUAGUAAUCAAAUAAAAUUUAUAUGAUGAAUCAAUACAUUUCUUCACUUUACUGUAAACAAAAACUGUUUCUGUGUUUUGGAAUCUGUCUAGUAUAAGUGCAUAAUAAAUAAUUUGAUAAAUAAGUCAAUAGAUAUACUCUUAUGAGACGCAUACCAGGUAGAUACCCCUUUUAUUUUACUGGUAACUUAACAAAAUGGAUGGAUCUGACAAUCAUGAUAAUAGAAACUCCUAUAAACCACCGAAGAAAAGAGUGAGAAAAUCGGGAUUAGUAUAUCGUACUUAUUUAACGAACAGGGCGCACCUUGAACAUGCACCCCUCUCUUUUAAAAACUCUGGUUUGUCUUCUACAUCGAACUCCGUCGAGACUGCGAACUCUGGCGACAUUGCAAACAACGGCGACACUGCGAAUUCCGGUGACACUGUUCAUAAUCAAUCUGUCCCGGCGACUCAGGGUGCUGACGGAUCUGAAGGCGAUGAGCGAAUUUGCACAAACAACGAAUUUAAUUUGGAUCACGAGAACAAUUAUGAUUCAGUAAAUUUGGGGUUCUAUGAUUCUUCAGAUGAAAGCGAAGAAUCGUCUUUCUCGGAUGGCUUAACCGAACCCAUUUCUUCUUCAUCUGCUGAAGAGGAAUUUGAUGAAAAUGACAAAAAUCUCAAUCUUCCUGAUAUGCCUAUACAUGUAUUUGAGGGUGCCCAACUGAAAACUGCAGCGAGUAUGUUACUGAUUAUGUCAUAUAUUCUAGAGCAUAAUCUGACCGACGAAGCAUUCUCGGAUCUCUUGGAUUUGAUAGCUCUACACUGCAAGCAGAAUAAUACAAUUCCAACAUCAGUUCAUCUUUUUAAGCAAUGGUUCCAUGAUUUGAAAGUUCAACCUAGGAAACAUCUAUAUUGUUGAUCAUGUCUUUUUACCAUUGAUGAAUCUACAGAUGACAGAUGUCGAAAUCCAGCGUGCGCCAAACCUUUCUACAAAAAGUCAGAUAAAUUUUUUUUUGUGGAAGUGCCCUUAAUCGAGCAAAUAAAAAGGUUGAUGUAUGACAAAGAAUUCAGAACCAAGUUGAACUUUCGACUUGGCAGAAAAAAGAAAAGUGAGGACAACAUCGAAGAUAUCUACGACGGAAAGCUUUACAAACAAUAUGACGAAAUUUUGUUCAAUAGAAACAAUGUUUCGUUCAUUUGGAAUACAGAUGGUGUUCCGCUAUUCAAAAGCUCGAAAACCUCGAUGUGGCCUCUCUAUUACGUUAUUAACGAGUUACCUUUCAAAAUGAGACGUGAACCAGGAAACAUGCUGUUAGCUAGUUUAUGGAUAGGACCCAAAAUAUAUGAAUAGCAAAAUUAUCAAAUAUGAAUGACAUGAUUGUCGAAUAUAAAUAACAUAAUUAUCGAAUAUAAAUGACAUGAUUAUCGAAUAUGAAUGAUAAGAUUAUCGAAUAUGAAUCACAUGUUUUUGAAUAUGAAUGAUAUGAUUAUCGAAUAUGAAUCGCAUGUUUUUGAAUAUGAAUGAUAAGAUUAUCGAAUAUGAAUCACAUGUUUUUGAAUAUGAAUGAUAAAAUUAUCGAAUAUGAAUCACAUGUUUUUGAAUAUGAAUGAAAAGUUUAGAAUAUGAAUAACAAUUUAUUGAAUAAAAAUGACAUGUUUUUAAAUAUGAAUAACAAUUUAUUAAAUAAGAAUAACAUGUUUUUGAAUAUGAAUGAUAAAAUUAUCGAAUAUGAAUAACAACUUUUCGAAUAUGAAUGAUAUGCUUUAGAAUAUAAAUUACAAGUUUUCAAAUAUGAAUAACAAGAUUAAUAUAAUAGUGCAACAUUUUACACGCCAUAUUCUCAGACCAAAAACUUCAACAUUUAAUGAAGCAGGCAUUUUUUCCCAGCUGUAGCAUUAGUUACCUUUUCUUUCUUUCAACAUAAACAUUUUAUAUAGGAAUACCAACUGAAUAUUACUUUUUGUAUGCUUUUAAAUCGCUCACUAUAAAAGUAAACAAUGUUCAAUGAUUGUUCAUUAUUCAUUAAGAUAAUGAUUUUUACCAAAAAUUGAAUUUCACGAAAAAGUAAAUAGAAAAUUGAGUGCCUGAGAAGUUAUUAAAGAUAGGGGAUGGGGUGGGCAUCAGAUAUGUAAACAUGUAUUUAGGUUUUGUAUAAAAUAAUUGAUGCAUUACUAUCCAAUGAUUCCCCAUGUAUUUAAGCAAGAAAAUCAGUGCGAGUCUUAAAAUGUGUUUGUAUUUAUGAUGAAUGUCUAUUUCAAAAUUACAUUUUAUUCAAACAACAAUGCUGAACAUGAAGGUGGGUUUUUUUUUUUUUUUUGUUUUUUUUUUUUUUUUGUUGAGAUUCCGUAAGAUAGAUCGAGUUAUUUCUUUUUUGGACUAGAAGAAAACAACAUGACUGAGAUGAACAUAGUGUCUGUCUGUAACAACUCGGGAUAUAUUUGGCAUUACUGUACUUGGAUAAGACGUCUCCAUGAUUGUACCUCUUCUCUCGUCUUUAUCUGUAAAAGGGACUCAUUUCAAUAAAGAAUGACUAAAAUAAAGUUGUGUCAAUAUUUAUUUAUAGGGUACAAGAUGUCUCAUUCAAGAAUAGUUCCCAAGUGAAAAAAAUCAUCGGGCGGGCUCAAACAUGUUUUUAAAGGGAUGCAGGCUGAAGAGCCAGAAAUGUUCAACCAAAGGGGACGAGGAAAUUGAUAUAGAUCUCAAAUUCUGUCAUCAUGGCUUCGAACUUCAACAACAGAAAUGAGCCACAGGCAUCUAACAAUGUAGAGAAAUACGAGAUAAUAACCCCAGAGUGGCCAUACGACCACUGGAAAACUGUAAAGAUAUCCGACGCUACAAAGAGCAUCACAGCUGGAAAUGAACAGGGCAUUCAAAUACCACGCCAUCUGCAAAGUGUGCCAAAUAUCCACGCCAAUUCUGCAUUAAAAGAACUUUUAGAAAAACUUUCCUCUCAAACAAGCGUCUUGGAAGACGAGAAAAACGCGAGGGUUCACGAAGACGUGAAGAAACUGAUGAAAUGUUUUGGGAAGAAUCUAAAGGCGGCCGGGGUUUUAUUUGAAGGAUGUAGGUUAGUGGAGGCCGGAAGCGUCGCUGAGGAAACGAAGAUAGGGAAAUCGGAUGAAUUUGACUAUUUAUUAGUUCUGGAUGUCUUGUCUGACAGAAAAACAUUUCAGUUACAUCUUUCUAACCAGUACUUCAAAUUUUCAUUAAAUCAAGGGUCACAAGACUUGUACGAGAAGUUGCAGUCAGAGACCCCACACUUGUUCCAUGUUGAUGAGGAUAGAGUUUUCUUACACUACACCAUGAAAAAUAUCAUUCUGAAAUCUAUCAUGGACGUGUUUGAUUCGUCUCUGUUUCCGGGCUGGAAAAGGUUUUCUACGAAAAUAGGAGAUGUUUGCUCAUCACACAUCGCCACAACACUUCAUCUUUUCACGGAGACACACAAUAUGGACGUCGACAUUGACAUUUGCAUGUGUUUUCCAAUAUCGCCAAACGAUUUAAAAAGUGUUGCAGAAAAAGAGCGAGCAACGCAGACGAAGGAAAACCCGAGCACAUUAUUCUCCUACUUGCACAUCCUCAACCAAGUGAGCCCAUUCGAAUUGUUUGCCAUCAUUGGGGAUGGGGAGCAUGCGUUCUGUGUGAGUAAUACCCGUAUAACGGCCCCCUUGCUGGAACUCUCGCGGUUUCGUUAUUAUGGUCAAUGCGAUGGAAGAGUGAAAACAUACAAACUGGCAAAAUGCUUGGUCAGUAACUUUUUGCCGAAAUAUACGAACGUCUUCGGUUGCAAAAGGUGUUGCCAUUCACUAGUGAAAAGUUACUAUUUGAAAAAUAUCAUUCUUUUUAUGAUGAAAAGGUACACUGAAGAUUCUCUUUGGGUAGAAGACAAAAUAUGUACUCGUGUUUUGGAAAUAUUUGCCAUACUAAAGCAAUGCAUUGUGGGACGCCAAGAUGAGGUAGCAUCAGUAUCUGUUUGCUGCCUUCCUGGUCGAUUGCGAUUGGAUGACAUUUCUACCAAUAAUCCUUUCAUUAAAGGAGAACCUAACAAAAGAUCCGAUGUCUUAUUCACACCGGAUUCCCACAAACCUCUGCACGAAAUAAGCAGUUCUCCUUCCUAUACGGAACAACUGUCCAUCCAAAGCAAUGGCGCCAAUCAGAAAAUUAAGGAAUGGUUUCAACACUUAAACGAAGAACAUUGGAGUAUGUACAAACUUAUAGCAGACUUUGAAGGUCUAUUAUUGUCUCUUGCUUCAAUGGAAAUGCAGUAGAUUUUUUUCUUCUUCAAAAUUACGUAUGAUAAUUAAUAGCAUGCGACAUUUGAUUCCGGACACGUUUUUUUUUUUUUUUUUUUUGGUGUUAUCCAUGAUAAUUAUAGCGGUGUUUUAAAAAAAAUUAAAACGCAAAAUAAAGAAAGUUUUUCCCCUGUA